AUGUCAACAUUGCCUUUAACUCAUGUAGCGGUAGCCGCUGGGCAACUCCACACGCGUGACGCUCCUGACGCUACUCGGGACGCUACCCAGGAUGGUGCAGCUCGCGACAGUGAAGUGAUAAUGAAAGUUAGCGACUCGGCGGUGACAACACAGCCAAAGAGUCAAGAAAAAGAACCAAAUAUCUCUGUUCAAAUAGAGCAAACUCCUGAACCGGUUAUAGUCCUUCAGAAUGAGCAGUCUCCAGAAAACCACAAGCAAACCAACCCAUCACUUGCCAGCGAACAGGACCGAGCGCAAGAAACCCAAGAGGUAAUGGGAAACGAUGAAACCUCCCCAAGAGUCAGUCCUCCAAGGAAACAUAAAAAGAGGAGACUAGCUCAUAAGGGCGCUGAACAACUGGCACCGCCUUUGCGAGAAAAAGCAAAGCAGAUUAGCAACAAACUGCAUGAAGAACAACAUAGUAAUCCGGUUCUAAGUAUGCAGGCACCAGACUCCUUGCAAGCCAAAUCAAAUACACCAUGCCCCAUGUCAACGGACCAUUCGUCACACGAGACAUUGAAGCUGCUAACAAAUUUCGAUGCAGACAAGGUUCUCCCUGAUACUAGAAAUGCAGAAAAAGAGACAUCGAAAGCUAAUCAACACAAAACCUGGGCUGAUGAAUCGGAUGAAAUGAAUCAAGAUGAAGAAUUGAAUGAAACUGGAGGAACGGAACAGACUCCUGCCCCAAGAGAUCAACUGAACACGAUGGAUACAUCAUUGCCGGAACAUACAUGUGAAAAAGGAUUUUCCUCCGACAGCACUUCGUAUGACGAAUAUUGA